AUGGAGAACUUCACCCUUCAAGAUUCUGUGAGGAGAAUUUGCUUCGUGUGGUGGAUCAGGAAUAUGUCUUUACCUACAUUGACGAACCUUGCAGUGCAACCUACCCAUGAUGCAAAACUAAGGCAAGUUCUUGUUGAUCACGCAUUGGAAAAUGGUGCUAACGAGGGAAAUGCAAGCACUUCCAUCUUCCAGAAGAUUGGAGCUUUCGAGGAUGAACUAAAGGUCAUCUUGCCUAAAGAAGUUGAGAGCGCAAUAAUCACCCUUGAGAGUGGGAAUCCAGAAAUUCCUAACCGGAUUAAGGAGUGUCAAUCCUUACCACUGUACAAAUUUGUUCGCGAGGAGCUUGAAACCGAGUUGCUGAUUGGAGAUAAGGUUAGGUCACCGGGAGAGGAAUUUGACAAGGUGUUCAUUGCAAUGAGCAAGGGACUGAUCAUUGAUCCAUUGGUAGAAUGCCUAAAGGGUUGGAAUGGCACUCCUCUUCCCAUCUGUUAA